CCACAAGUAGCCUAGUACCUAUGUGUCCGAGCCUGUCCGCGGCGCGUUGUGGAGAUAUGUAGAUGAUUUCUUUAUCUAAAAGAAAUUACCGAAGGAUAACUGCGUGGUGUAUUAAACUAUUUCAAGGACAUGGGGAACUCGUACGCCGGGCAGCUGCGGACCACUCGGUUUGAGGAGGUGCUGCACAGCUCCAUCGAGGCGUCCCUGCGCUCCAACACCGUCGUGCCCCGACCCGUCUUCUCCCAGCUCUACCUGGAGGCCGAGAACCACCCCGCCUCACAGAAUGCAGGGCGGGCAGAAAAUGAGGAAGAUGAUGAGGAGGAUGGAUCUGAGUCCAACAGCCCCCCCAUCCCAUACCAGAUGAAGACCCCACCUGAAGGAAGCUGCACAACAGAUGGCUUCUGUCAGGCAGGCAAGGACCUGAGACUGGGCUCCAUAGCAACGGACUCUCUGGACGUCCCCCCCGGCUUCCUGUUGGUGGGCGCCAAGUCGCCCAGCAUUCCCGAUCACAUCCUGGUGUGCGCCGUGGACCGGAGGUUCGUCCCGGACGAGCGAGGACACAAUGCACUUUUAGGUUUCGCAGGCAACUGCGUGGGCUGUGGGGAGAAGGGUUUCCGCUACUUCACCGAGUUCUCCCACCACAUCAACCUGAAGCUCACCACGCAGCCCAAGAAGCAGAAGCACUUGAAGUACCACCUCCUCCGCAACGCACAGGGCCAGCUGCUCAAGGGCCCCCUCAUCUGCUGGAAGGGAAUAGAUAAUCGAGUGAGACAGACGGGUCCGGUCGGCCUCGCAGGAGCCAACGGCGGAGAGGACCACUUAAACGGCCCCCACCCCACAGAGACACACACAGCCUCCGGUCACUCUGCUCUCAGCACGGCCAACUGCACAGAUCCGGUAGGUCCGCUGCAUCUGCCAGAGAACCCCCAUGCGUUGACCAAUGGGAAUCACUGCCCACCGUCCCAGCAUGCUUUGCAGCAGCCCGGCGUGGCGGCGCAUGGACGACCCUCUGUAAUAGGUACAAUCACUAAUGCGGGUCCUCCGAAGAAGAGACACAAGGGGUGGUCACCCGAGUCUGCGUCAGCAAACGACGCAGCUGCAAAGGCCGUCUCCACUGCGGCUACUGGCCCCAGAUCAGACAAUGGAGUCCCGGUGAGUGUGUCCCAGGGGUCCUCGCCGCCCCUGGCCUCAGGGGAGUCCGUCACAGUGCCUGAGAACCUGGUGCAGAUGUGCAAACUGCAGCCCGUCAUCUUCAAAGGUCAUGGGAACCUGCCGGUCCUGUGUGGGAACACGGCGGAGGUGCAGGUCAGCCCUCUGCUGCAGGCCUGCUACAGGAACUCCCAGGCCCUGCCGCGCGUCUACGAGCAGUACGGCGCCGCCCCCAUCCAGCCGCUCUCCACCGAGAUGCAGAUCCUCCUCACCGUCUACUACCUGGUGCAGCUUGGCUCUCACCAGAUGCCCCUGAUGGAGGACCUGGAGCAGAUCUUCAUGCGCUCGUGGCGCGAGUCGCACCUGACGGAGAUCCGCCAGUACCAGCAGACGCGGUCACCCCAGGUCACCACGGUCACCACGCCGCAGCUGCCGGGCCUGGCGCAGCCCCUGACGCCGUCGCAGCUGCCCUGGCUGGCGCGGCUGGCGGCCAGCUCCUGCGGGGACGGCGUGCUCGUGCUGGACACCGCCGCCUCGCUCGCCGACGGACUCAGGGACGCCUUCCGGAGGCUGGUGGACGGCAGGCUGGCCCAGACCAACUACGUGGUCAUCAUCUGCAUGGGCAAGAGCCAGGACAUCGAGUCCUGCGUGGUGGUCACAGGUAAGCACCAGACCAGGGCUCUGGCCGAGAGCAUGCUCUCCCCUGGCGACAACCUGAAAGAGAUCAGCUAUGAGGUCUACUCCGGGAUGACCACAGAGCUCAGAGCCUACUUCAACUCACUGGGACCUGAUGGGGCCAUGGAGAGCUUGCUGGAGAAAGCCAGUGCGGAGAGCAGCGGUCACUCCUCUCUGUCCAGCAGCCAGGAGUCAGCUGGGGACAGCCCCAAACCCACAUGCUCAGAGUACCAUGCGGAGUGGCACGAGAUCCGUGCCAUCCAGCUGGCAGUGGCGCGGAAGCUGCUGUCCCACGUGUGCGCCAUCGCCGACUCCAGCACGCAGAACCUGGACCUCGGCUCCUUCGACAAGGUCGAGUUCCUCAUCUGCGUUCCGCCGUCCGAGGUCACGUUCCAGCAGGUCAUCCUCCACCUGUGGAACUCAGGUGUUCUCCAUGAGCUGGGUCUGGACCAGGAGUGCUUGUCCCUGAAGCAGGUGGAACAGUACGUGGUCAAGCUGGACCAGGACGCCGUGGAGAAGAUUGACAGCCUCAUCCAGAAGUCGAAGAUGAACCCUUACACCCUCUACAUCCUGGUGCAUGAUCAUGCCCACUGGGACCUCAGCAGUGCCCACUACAGUGGAGGAGGCGGUUCUCGUGAGGGCCUGGUGGACAGUUUGCUGAACUGCCGUCAGAUCCGUGACGCUUCGAACAUCCUGACGCUCCACGUCACCUCGUUCCCCUUCGCCCUGCAGACCCAGUACACGCGCGUCAGCCCUUACAACGAGAUCCACUGGCCGUCCACGUUCAAUAACGACGUUGACCUGUACCAUGAGAAGACCAAGUACUUUGGCAUCUCAGAGCUGCUGGAGUCCACGCACACCGGAGCUGGCCUGCCUCUGCUGCGCUUCGACAGCUCCUUCGAGAACAUGGCCGCCGCCGUGGAGGACAGGUUUCCUAAGCUGCACAGUGCAGUGAUCCGCACCCACAUCCUGAUCCAGCAUUACUCGGUGGCCCUGAUGGUGGCGUCGGGCCAGUCGCACCUGCAGAAGCACACCUCCGUGGAGACGCUGGAGAUCGUCCAAUGCCUGCUCAGCUCCGCCCAGCGUUGCCCCAGCAACCACGGGCACAUGGUGCUCCUGCGCGUGCCGUCCCCGGCGCUGGCGCUCGUCACGCAGCAGCGGCUCACGCACGUCCGGGACAAACUGGGCCUGCACUACCAGUUCGAGGUCGUCCUGGGCAACCCCACCUCCGCCCUCUCGCUGGGAAAGCACUUCCUGGAUCAGCUCAAGGUGUGGAUGAAGGUCCAGGACCCCGACUGGACUCCGCGGACGUACCUGGAGCUGGAGGCGUUGCCCUGCAUCCUCAUCCUGACCGGCAUGGACCCGCUGGGGGAGUCGCUGCCACGCUCUCUGAAGUACUGUGACCUGCGUGUGGUCAGCUCGGCGUACCUGCAGCGGACCCCCCUGGAGCAGGAGCUGGGCCUGGCCGCGUACCUGGUCAAGGCGGGGGCCCGCGACCCCCGCGACCCCCACGACCCCAGGGUGCCCACCACCGGCAGUGACCUGUCCGAGAGCGACCCCGAGAAGCUCAGCAGCACCGACAACGAGGAGGAGGAGGUGGUGGUGGACGGCGAAUCAGUCCCCUCCGGGACCGCUAAAGCCCUCAUCUGUCUAAAGAGGAAGAAGGUUGACUCCCACGACUCUGAGAGCUCCUUGGUGUCCUCCAGCACCUCAAUAAACAGUGAUCUUCCCGGCAUGGAUCCCCCCCCCCCUGCAGCCUCUCAGCACUCCCAGUCAGACGGCUCCAUCCUGGACCCCGAGAAGCCCCAGCCUCCCCCCCAGCUUCUCCCCGACCCCCGCGACCCGACCCGGGCCGGCCCUGCCCCCGCCACCGCCCCCCCCGCCACCACCACCGGCGCCGCAACGGCGGCGGACCCCUCCAGCGGCCAGCGGCGGCCGUCCAAGUCCACGUCGUCGGGCUCGUCGUCGACGCGGGCCUCGGCGCUGCGCCAGCGGUGCUCGUGGGCGCGGAACCUGAAGCGGCCGCCGGUGGUGCUGCUGCCGCGGGCGGCCUACGAGGUGCUGACGGCGCUGGACGCCAGCGGGCUGCCCAAGAGCACGUCGCUGCUGCCGCACCCCUCCGUGGAGUGGGCCAGCUCCUUCCGCCCGCUGCUCAGCAAGAUCAUGACCUGCACCGAGCAGUCGCUCUACUACCGCCAGUGGACCGCGCCCCGGCCCAACCACAUGGACAGCAGCAACCGGGCCGCCGAGGGACGCAACGACAACUUCCACCCGCGCAGGCUGCUGCUCAGCGGCCCGCCACAGGUAGGGAAGACGGGAGCAUACCUGCAGUUCCUGGGCAUCCUGUCCCGCAUGCUGAUCAGACUCAUGGAGGUGGACAUCUACGAUGAGGAGGACAUCAAUUGCAGUGAAAAGCUGCCCCUGGUGCAGUACCACCAGGCGGGGGUGUCGUGGCCCAGUACGGAGAUCCUGCGGAGCAUGUGCUUCGACUACACCAUCCACGACCCCAAAUACGAGGGCAUCAGCCUCAUCUACUCCCCAGAGCACACUCCCACAGAGGACGGUAACCCACGGCGACAGGAGGAUGUAUACCUCCGCAGACGCACCUCACGCAUUAAGCUGUCCAAGUACGCUGCCUACAACACCUACCACCACUGCGAGCAGUGCCACCAGUACAUGGGCUUCAACCCGCGCUACCAGCUGUACGAGUCCACUCUGCACACCUUCACCUUCUCGCACCUGCUGCUGGGGGAGGAGAUCCAGCUCUACUUCAUCAUCCCCAAGUCCAAAGAGCACCACUUCGCCUUCAGCCAGCCCGGGGGACAGCUGGAGAGUCUCAGGCUGCCAGUCGCAUCAGACUGGAAUCCUGACUGUAUAAAGAGCCCCAUCUUCACCCCCACCACCGGACGCCACGAGCACGGCCUGUUUAACCUCUACCACGCCAUGGACGGAGCCGCGCACCUCCACAUCCUGGUCAUCAAGGAGUACGAGAUGGCCGUCUACAAGAAGUACUGGCCCAACCACAUCAUGCUGGUGCUGCCCACCACCUUCAACGGAGCCGGGAUCGGUGCGGCUCACUUCCUGAUAAAGGAGCUGUCCUACCAUAACCUGGAGCUGGAGCGGAGUCGCCGCGUGGAGCACGGCAGCCGCGCGCAGGACGUCUGGCCCUUCAUCAUCCUCGCCGACGACUCCUGCGUCAUGUGGAACGCCCUGGACGUCGACCCCAAGAGUGGUAGUAUGGGCACAGAGAGGAACGUGUCCCUCAAGCAGGUGCUUCAGCACAUGGAGUCGUCUGCCGACAUCACGCAGUACGGCCUGUGCGGCCUCCGGAAGUGGUCGAGUCGCUACGGCAACCAGACGGGGCGCCACCGCGAGCCCUUCUCACGCGGACACCUGCAUGACUUUCUGUUGCUCAACGUGGACCUGACGCAGAACGUCCAGUACAACCAGAAUCGAUUCACGUGUGACGAUGUGGACUUCAACCUGAGGGCACACAGUGCCGGCCUCCUCGUCUGUCGCUUCAACAACUUCAGCGUCAUGAAGAAGCAGAUCACCAUCGGAGGCUAUCGCACCUUCAUCGUUAAGACCAAGAUGACGGACGUUCCGACCACGGUGCAGCCGUCCCAGUACAUCUGCGCGCCGGACAGCAAGCACACCUUCCUGUCCACGCCGGCCCAGCUGCUGCUGGAGAAGUACCUGCAGCACACCAGCCACAAGCUCUUCCCCCUCAGCGCCCACAGCUACGGCCACCCCGUGCUCUCCGUCGACUGCUACCUCAACCUGGGCCCAGAGGUGACGGUGUGUUUUGUCAGCUCCCGACCCCACUCCAUCAACCUGAGCACCACAGACCUGCUGUUCGGUGGCCUUCUGCUCUACUUCUGCGACUCCUUCGUCACGCCCGGCUUCCUCAAGAAGUUCCACUUCCUCAAAGGAGCCACUCUGUGUGUUAUCUGUCCCAAUCGCAGCUCCUUGCGUCAGACGGUGGUGCGUCUAGAGUUGGAAGACGAGUGGAGGUUCCGUCUCAGUGACGAGUUCCAGACAGCCAAUGCCAAAGAAGACCAGCCCCUCUUCUUCCUCACGGGCAAACACAUAUAAUCCCUCCUCUCCCACCUUCCUCACCAGCAAACACAUAUAAUCUCUCCUCUCCCACCUUCCUCACCGGCAAGCACAUAUAAUCUCUCCUCUCCCACCUUCCUCACCGGCAAACACAUAUAAUCCCUCCUCUCCCACCUUCCUCACCAGCAAACACAUAUAAUCUCUCCUCUCCCACCUUCCUCACCGGCAAACACAUAUAAUCUCUCCUCUCCCACCUUCCUCACCGGCAAACACAUAUAAUCUCUCCUCUCCCAUCUUCCUCACCGGCAAACACAUACAGUAUAAUCUCUACUCUCCCAUCUUCCUCACCAGCAAACACAUAUAAUAAUCCCUACUCUCCCAUCUUCUAUAGACAAACACAUGUAAUCCCUGUACUCAUAUCUUCUUCCUCACAUGCAAACAUACUGUAUCUAAU